CAAAUUCGCAUCGAUCUAAGCAUGCCAGGCAAGUACCAAAUUGUGUUGAUCCGUCACGGCGAAAGCCAAUGGAACGUGGACAACCGCUUCACGGGUUGGCACGAUGUUCCCCUUUCUGCCGUCGGCGAAAAGGAAAGCCACGAUGCCGGCAAAGCCUUGAAGGUCGCUGGCUUCUCAUUUGAUGUCGCGUACACGUCCGUGUUGAAGCGCGCCAUCAAGACGUGCUGGAACACGUUGGAGGAAUUGGACUUGAUGUGGAUCCCUGUGAACCGUUCGUGGAAACUGAAUGAGCGCCACUAUGGUGCCCUCCAAGGCCUGAACAAGCAAGACACAGUCGCCAAGUACGGCCUCGACCAAGUCAUGGUGUGGCGCCGCAGCUACUCGACCCCGCCCCCUGCAUUGGACGCGUCCUCCGAGUACUAUCCCGGCAACGACCCAAAGUACGCCGACGUGCCGCGUGAAGAAUUGCCCUUCACCGAAUCGUUGGCGACCACGAAGCUCCGUGUCGUGCCGUACUGGAACGAUGUGAUUGUCCCUUCCAUCAAGGCGGGCAAGAAGGUGCUCAUCGUCGCCCACGGCAACUCCCUUCGCGCGUUGGUGCAACACUUGGACAACAUCUCGGAAGACACGAUCACGGGCCUCAACAUCCCCACGGGCGUGCCCCUCGUCUACGACUUGGACGAAAACUUCCACCCCAUCGUGCACGAACAUGCCAUCGCGCCAUUGUCCGGGCACUACGUCGGCAAUCAAGAAGAAAUCCGCAACCGCAUCGCCGGUGUCGCCAACCAAACCAAGGCGUAAACGUAAUAGAUUGCAUGUGAAAUUCCGUUCCUUGGACAAUGACAUAAAAGCAUCACCGAGGCAACAACGUACGUACUCGUUGUAUAUGGAGGACUGAAGCCAUAGAGUCCACGGCGCCGAAGUACCUUGGCGCGAAUCAAAUGCUUCUUCGAAGGCAUUCUAUAAAGUAAA